CUCCACCAUGAAGCUCCUGAUUCUUGUCUCUUUGGUUGCGGCAGCCGCCGCCGAGAAACUGCCGACUUACAGUUUACCAAGACCUUCUGGUCCAGGUUUCAUCAUAGGUGGAUCAGGAGGUGGAGGCUUCGGUGGAGGAAGCUUCGGUGGCGGCGCAGGGAUCGGUGGAGGAAGCUUCGGUGGCGGCGCAGGGAUCGGUGGAGGAAGCUUCGGUGGCGGCGCAGGGAUCGGUGGAGGAAGCUUCGGUGGUGGAAGCUUCGGUGGCGGCGCAGGAUUCGGUGGUGGUGCAGGAUUUGGAGGAGUCAGCUGUGGAGUUGGACAGAUUCGUCACGUGGACGGAAGUUGCGUGACUCCUAUUGUCACCAAAAACUCAUACGUGUAUGCUGCUCCACCAGUGGCCCCAAUCGUCGGUCCACGCCCAAAUGUUCCCCUACCAAGACUUGAACACAACAUUAUCUUCAUCCGUACCCCAGAAGUAGGAUUUGGUCAGGAACCCAUUGUGGUGCCACCACCUCAACAGAAGAACGUCGUGUACGUCCUCAACAAGCGACCAGAACUGGACCAACAAGUCGUCCACGUCCCAGCACCAGAACAACAGACUCCAGAAGUGUUCUUCGUCAACUACGGCGAGGGCGACAACCCGACUCUACCUACUGGAGAGGACCUCCAGUCUGCCCUCAGCGCUGCUUCGCACGGUGGCGGUCAGGUUAUUGGAGGCGGCAUUGGAGGUGGAAUUGGUGGAGGCAUUGGAGGUGGUAUUGAUGGUGGCAUCAUUGGUGGCGGCCAUGGUGGUGGUUUUGGAGACGACUUCAGCGGUGGUGUUAGUGUGUCGACCCCAUCUGGUCUAUAUUCCACACCAUAAACAAAACAAAUUAAACAUGUUAACAGCGUCUUUUCACUCAGGCUCCGGCCCUCGUACUGCAGGACGGAACUCAUCAUCUUUAUUUAAAUUCUAAGUUUGCUAAUCAUUCAACGAAUUAUACAUUAUUUAUUUUAUCCAAGAGAUGGCUAUAUUUUUUCUAUGUCAAACUCAGAUAUCUCCUACUGUAAACAAUGGCUAGGAUAAAUAUAAACCUUAUUUA